AUGGACAGGUCUUUACGAUUUCAGCCUAAAUUAGCAGCCGAGGAAUACACGCAUAUUACUUGCUACGAUCAGCCCGCGCGGGCUGUGGACAACAACAUCCCGCGCGGGCUACAGCCGAAAUACAUCCAGUCAUCUGAAGCAGAUGAUCACUGUUAUAUUGCCUUGAGUCAAGAGGGUAUUACCACGUGCAAAGUUGUUAGCGAGGCUGACCUUCUUCCUCGGGUUACUAAUGACCACCAGGACCCCUCCACCGCAACCAGUGAACUCUCAAUUGAGCUUACACCACAAAGCUCACACACCGGGACUCCUAAAGUGUCUUCCUCUCCAGAGGUCGAUGUUACAGAAGGGGAAAAUCAAGAUAGCGUGGAAGAAGAUAGUCUAGCCGAGGUUGCCAGUGGUGUUAGUGAGGUAUGUCACUCUCCGCUUGCAGAUGAGCUCUUUGCUGCGAGCCCGGCCGCGCUUCCUUUGGUUGAGUGUGCUCUUCUUGCUCGUAUUUCUCAGAUGGCUGUCAAUAUUUGUUCCUUGGAGGGAGACUUGGAGGCCUUGAGGGUACGCCGGAGGCAGCUUUCUACUUUGCGGGUUGUUUCUGGCAGCUCUCGAUCAACCUGUUGGUCUGCAGGAAUUACUCCUCCGGAAUCGAAAGUUUAG